GAGCUUGACGUGUUCGCCGCCUGCCGGCACGCGCUAUAUAUCAUACGGCCUACGCAACCGCGGCAAAGUUUCCUGGCAUACGAUCCGUGGUAGUUUCGGGGAGGGAGCUACACGGGAGGAGAGGUGAGGGAGAGAUGGAGGUGGAGAGGCAGCUGCCGCCGAAAAAGGCGGCGAGGAAGCCGAAGGAGCGGCCCUUCCGAGGCAUACGGAUGCGGAAGUGGGGGAAGUGGGUGGCGGAGAUCAGGGAGCCGAACAAGCGGUCCAGGAUAUGGCUCGGCUCCUACUGCACCCCGGUGGCCGCCGCCAGGGCCUACGACACCGCCCUGUUCUACCUCCGGGGCCGCGCCGCCCGCCUCAACUUCCCCGACGACAUCUCCGUGAGCGACGACGCCGACCACGAAGCGAUCGCCAUGUCAGCCGCGUCGAUCAGGAAGAAGGCCGCGGAGGUGGGCGCCAAGGUCGACGCGCUCCAGAUGAGCGGGGGCGGGGCGGCCGUCUUUUGCUGUCAGGAGGACAAGCGUCGGCAGGCGGAGAAGCGGUACAAGAAUCCCGACCUUAAUCAGACGCCCGGCCCCGAGAGCUCCGACGGCGAGUGGAGCAGCAGCUUGCAGUAGACGCAUGCGUACAUAUGACCAUGUAUCUGGUUGCAGUAGUUCUGUUCUCGCAUGCCAUCCUCAGGAAGAAGGAAGAAGACAUAUGUCAAUACACUGAUAACCGAAGUACGGUUUUUGUCUUGUUGGAUUUCUAGUUGUACUUGUUGAUUUGCUGGGAAGGAAUCCACGGGAACAAUAACAGCGACAAGGAGAAGAGGAGUCAUUGGUCUGUAGUUCCUUUGUGAUGCAGCUUCUCUUGGAGAUCAACUCGAUCGAUGUAAAGAGCUUUUAAUGAUAUACCAAUACUUCCAACUUCGUUUGCCA